AUGGCGGGGUCCAAGGUGAAGCAGGACAUGCCUCCUCCGGGGGGCUAUGCUCCCUUCGAUUAUAAGAGAAAUCUACCGAAACGAGGACUUUCGGGUAUAUACUUUUUUUUACUCUUAUACAGACCCAAACACGAGCGGCUAAUGAUGGAAAAGCACGAGACAUUUGUAACUAUGUAAACAGCAGCUAAUGCUAACAGCUUAGUCAGACACACAGACUCAGAGACAGAGAGAGCUGUAUAUUUUAUGGAAGCUGUAUAGAUGAGAUUAACACCUGUGCCUGCUAAGUAAUAGUCUUUGGUUUUGCUACGCUCAAGCGUAUCUUAAUGGGGUCUUAACGUGAAACCACCCUCUUCAAAACUGUAGUAAAGCAGGAAUGUCACCGAUAAAAAUGUAAGAGUGCUCCUCAAAACCCCAAAGAACUCAGGUAUUUCUGAUCUUAUUGAAACCUCGAGUAUAUAAUCACACCGACCAGCCUUAACUUGGGCAAUCUAAUUCAACUCAAAACAACAACUGUACCCCAGCCGAGUUUCUGAAUAUUCAGCUUUUCUUGACAUGAUCAGACAGGUAUUUGUGGAGGUGAGAUAGGUGAUGGACUAGUGUGUCAUCUUGAAAUAUGUUGCAGAUAUAUUGUACACAUUAUUCAUUAGGAAGAGGGGGUCAAGUCGCAGGAGCAACCUUCAACAUAAUGCAACACCCUCCAUAACUUUAACAAGUAAUGUCGGGAAUAGUUAGCAUCUACAUGAGCAUGUCAACAAAGUGGAAAACUUUGUUGACAAAAAUAAUACCAUAAGUAUAACUUACGGUAGAGCUAGGAAGGUUGCAUUUUCAUUGCCCAUGUGUUCACUAUCAUAAUAAUAAUAACUUUAUUUUUAUAGCACUUUUAAAAACAGAAGUCUACAAAGUGUUUUGACAAACAGUUGCAAAACACAGAACAUAAGUACAUGAAAAUAAAAACAAUUAAAAACAAAAGCUCAGUUAAAAACAAGGCCUCCGAAUUGAAGGCCAAUUUCAUUUGUCAUAAGAAACCCCAACAAUACAAGAACCCUACAACAUAAAAUGAGAUCAUGAGUCCCAAAAUAAAAACAUAAAAUAGGUAAGAAGAAGAAAUGUAAUGUAAAGGGGGGUAGAAAGCAGUAAAAAGGAUAGUAAAUAUAAAACGAGCAUAUUAAUAAUGAUAAUAGAAUAAUAAUUAUGAUAAUAUUAAUGAUAAAAUGGAAUAACAAAAUGAGGAGGAAAAAACAAUAAAAUCAGUUAAAGUCCUUAAAGGUAAAAUAAGAAAAGAUUAUUAGUAAAACAAAGGCUAAACAGAGUGAAGUUGAAAUAAGAUAAAAGAAAUUAAAAAAAAGAGAGAAAAGAUGGCAUCACAUAAAAGCAAGUCUGUAAGAGUGAGUUUUUAAAUUUGAAUAAUAAUGACAAAUAAUAGCUAUGAUAAUGCUAUUGGUGUUUAUUCAUGUCACAAUUCUGGGAGAGCAGAUGGUUAAAAAAAAACAUGAUUUAUUUCAGUUUUCGAGUCAUGAUUGCCAUGCAGAGAGCAGGAUACUGUACUAUCUGUACUGACCCUACAAAUGUGGAGAAGCACCCUCAUGACAGGAUAUUUGUGAAAGCUUAAAUAUAGACGAUAAUGUCACUGAUGAUCAUUCUGCUGAGAAGGUCAGAGGUAGAAUGAGUCUACUACUGUGUUAUUUUGCUGAUUAAUGGAUAUCAUUCACAAAUAUUUUGCAAUUAAUUACUUGUCAGUAAGUAUCUGAGUAGAGUAGUUAUUUUAUAUCACAGCAGUGGCUUGGUGAGAGCAGAAUAGCACUGAGAAAACAAGAGCAGUUCCUUUUGUAGGUACCAGACAGUAUUUGAGCUUAAACUCACCAUGAAAUUUUCCUCUUAUACUUCCAAUUCUUUUGUCCUUCACACACAACUUCAAUUGUGCUUGUAUAAACCUCUGCUCAGUUUUUUUUACAAGAAAACUCAAAAUAUUUCAAAUCAUCUUGCGAAUUUACUUCCACUUUACUGAAUCAGUUAUUCUCUAUUUGAGCAAGAGCAAAUAAAUGAGCAUGUCCUGAGAAGUUGUUUUGAGCUUUUAUGAAGGACUAAAAGUGAAUAACGGUUAAGAAAAGGGUGCUUGUGAGUGCAACACUGGAUUCUUAAUUUAUUCACCCCCUACCUGGCAUUGUUGGAUGAAAAAAAAAUGACGUUGUCCAACCACCAGAUGGAGAUACUGAGCAGUAUUGAGUGUUUUUUAAUCUUUUAAAUCACAUUCUUGAACACUCAUAACCUCUGAUCAUCUUGAAAUAGUAAAUUACUAGAUGUUAAGUCAGUAAUGUGAAUUUCAGAUGUACAGUGGGUUUGGUGUUGCUGGGGUAUCUUUGGCCUGACGUUACCUGACGUUGGCAUGUGGAAAAAACUAAAUUUCUAAAAGUACUGCAGUCAUUCAGACCAAUUAGAGAUCCACACAAGGUUUACUGAGGUCACAGUGUGCCCAAUCCUCACUGCACUGCACUGCACCUGUACCCCACUCAUCAAACCUUAGCGUUCUCCAUGAGGUCAAAUAUUUACUCAGCCACGAACAUGAACACUUUGCUAAGUUAUAAAAGACUGUGAGUGUGGAAAGGUCAUGCAAGCUUGUGUCACCAGUCAUUAAAAUAAUUAUUGAUAUGUAUCCUCUACCAGCAAGAGACAUUCUAGUCUCUAUAUUUAUGACACUAGACCCUACUGGGUGAUAUACCGUAGUGGGUUUUCAAAAUGAGAUUUUAGCAAACAAUUGUGUCUGGAUCUAUCUAUCCAGGUGUUUUGGCUGUUGCCAUCUGUCACUUAACUUGGUGACCUUUCGUGUCACUGUCAGUAGGUCUUUACUGUUGCUGUGCAGCUUGAUUUUUGAGGAACAGAUCUCACAAGUUGCCCCUGUAGCAGCUCUGCUGUUUGCUAGAUUUGACUUUUAAGUCGCAAGUAGGCCUGUCGCGAUAAUCAAUAAAUCGCCUUAUCGCUCGGUAAAUAAAAACGAGGUCGGUCAUUUUGCCAGCCUCGAUAAUUGACGUGCGUUUGUUUUCCUCCUCUCUCGCUACCAAACACGCUGGAUGAGAGAAGAGGUCUCACCCUGCGCAUUUUUCUCGGCACCUGGGGGCGUUGGCUCUAUAGUGGAAUGAACGGAGUUAGUGAACCCUCCUGUCAGUCAUUCAGUGUCUUUGUCACGAGGGGGCUGGCGCGCACAGGCACACAGACACAGACUUUUGGAUACAGUGCUGCAAGUGAGCGUAGUGAGUGAAAAGCAAGCAAACAGAAUGAACACGACAGCUUUGGUGUCUAAACCGAACGCAACAGCCCAAGUGUGGGAAUAUUUCGGCUUUAAACCAGUUUUGUUUUCGUCAACCACAAAACUCCACGUGUGUGUGCGCGCGCGCGCGUGUGUGUCUGUGUGUUGGAGGAGCACAGCAGGCUGAUGAGAGCUGUCAGAGCGGACUGAAGCUGCUCCUAUAUGUUUAGCGUUUAACUGACUGAGUUUUGCAACUCUGUUCGUCAUUUUCGUCUCGUCCCAUCAACGUAAACGCACUUUCGUCUCGUCACAUUUUAGUCAUCUCCGACUUAUGAUUAGCUCGUCAACGUUACGUCUUCGCCAUGGGUGAAAUUAAAGUUGAUCACUUUUGACACGGUGUACUCGCAUUAUUAUGCCAUUUAAUAUCAUUAUCUAUAAUUUAAAAAACGGUGUCAAUAAUAUCGUUUAUCGGCGAUAAUUUGUAGCACAAUUAUCGUCCAGCAAAAUUUGUUAUCGUGACAGGCCUAGUCGCAAGCCACUUUGAUGAGGCUGUUGCAGUGAAAACAGCCCUAUAGAAAAAUGACAAAUCAUCUUUGAUUCAACAAGUCUGUUCAGACAUAGGAUUUGCUUUUGGCACACUUCCGUUCACAGAAACCAGUCAAGCAAGUUCUGGUUAAUAUGUAGCAACUUAUGCACAGACAAGUGUGUCGGUGAAUGUCAUUGUCUUGAUGUUAAAACUUUAUUUUGUUUUGUUGAUUUAACACAGAAACAUCCUGAUGCAAACCAAUAUUUGCAGAGCUCCAGGUGGUGUGAAUCUUAGCAUAUUUUAAAAAUGAUUCAUUUUUCACUGUGUGACACAAGGGGAAGGAACUUGCCGUGUAUUGAUACAUCGAUGCCACAAGUUGCUCACAUUUUUCUGAUAUAUUUAGAGCCUCAAACCCAAGACAAAUUAUUCUGUGUUAAGCAGCAUUGUAUCACUGAUCCGUUCUUUUAUCAACAGGGUAUAGCAUGUUUGGCAUCGGCAUCGGGAUCAUGGUGUUUGGCUACUGGAAGCUUUUCAAGUGGAACAGAGAGAGGAGGUGGGAUUCUUCUUGAAGUCAAAAUUUCCACACAGUGUUUCACAGUCUGUGGGCACCUGGUAAUCAUUUGUGUUUGUGCACCACAGGCGCCUGCAGAUUGAGGAGAUGGAGGCCAGGAUAGCUAUGAUGCCACUGCUUCAGGCAGAGCAUGACCGACGGUGACAUACAACAAAUAUUUGGUUCAGGAUUUUUGUUUUGGUUGCUCCUAAAGGCAAAAGUGUAUUUAAAAACUUCCUUUCCUCUGACCAGGACCUUGAGAAUACUGAGGGAGAAUUUAGAAGAGGAGGCAAUUAUCAUGAAGGACGUUCCAGGUUGGAAGGUAAAGAGCAAACUUAUAUUUGCUGUGACUCGACUACAACAUGAGAGUUUGUAACCUUACAUACAAGUGCAUCUAAAUCAAUAAUGAUAUCAUCAAAAAAAUGAUUUUUUUCAGUAAUUUAGUUCAGAGUGAAACUUUGUUUUGGCAUUACCACUUCAUUCUACAAACAUAUACUGUAAAACAGGAUUAAACUGAUGAUGUUUAGGUUUGUUCUUUCCAAAACAAACCUCUUCUCAAUAUUAAUAAAUACUCUGUUUGACAUGCUGCAGGUCGGCGAGAGCGUCUUCCACACAGACCGCUGGUCGACCCCUAUGACGGAAGAGCUGUUCAACCUCCGGCCCCGUGAGGAGCACUUGAACAAAAUUUAUGGCUUUAUGUCAUAUAUGUGA